CGAUUCCUCAGUUUGUUUCGCUUCCUCCCUGUCAGGUUCCUCCCCGCCCCGGGCCGAGCGAGGAGUCAAGUUGAAAUCAGUGGGGGAGUGAGAAGGGGGUGAUCUCCAGUGUGAUAAAAGACGACAUCAUUUUUCACAGCCGCGGGGAUUCUCGUGAAAUCUCAGCGUCAAAUCUGGGCUUUGAAAAUAAGAACACGCGGGGCGGAGUUUCGGUAGUUCUGGCCGGAGUGCGGUUGAUUUUUGCGGUUGCCAGCAACUGGUCGAGGUGAGUGUAGAUGUGUGACAGCGGAGUGUGUGAGGAUAAGCCCCCCGCCCCCCCUGUCAGGAUGAGCAGCCAAGGAGGAGGAGUCAAAGACGCCCAAUCAACCAAUCACAACUCUCGGCCACUUCCGUCUGCACCAGAGGAGAAGAAGCCCAGAAACAAGAUCAUCUCCAUGUUUGCCUCUGAGAAAGGAGGGAGGAAGAAGGACCGGGAUAAGGACAGACCUGAGAUCUCCUCACCCUCAGACUUUGAGCACACCAUCCAUGUGGGUUUUGAUGCUGUUACUGGAGAAUUCACUGGCAUGCCGGAGCAGUGGGCCCGUCUCCUUCAAACUUCCAACAUCAGUAAAUCGGAACAGAAACAAAAUCCUCAGGCCGUCCUUGACGUUCUCAAGUUCUACGACUCCACCAGUGGAAAACAGAAAUACCUCAGUUUUUCUGGCGCAGAUAAAGGCUCACAAUCGCCAGGCAAGCAGGGGACUGCAACCUCCCCAUCAGGCAAGGAUGAUGACGAUGACGAUGAUGAUACACCACCACCAAUUGUGGCACCGCGGCCAGAACACACAAAAUCAGUGUACACGAAGUCGGUGAUUGACCCAAUCCCAGCUCCAGAUGAUCCCAGCUCUAAGGCAGCUGACAGACGGAAGAAUAAGGGAGGCAAGAUGACUGACGAGGAAAUCAUGGAGAAACUAAGAACGAUUGUCAGCAUCGGAGAUCCUAAGAAGAAAUACACUCGCUAUGAAAAGAUCGGCCAGGGCGCUUCUGGCACAGUUUACACAGCCAUAGAUGUUGCCACAGGGCAAGAGGUUGCCAUCAAACAGAUCAACUUGCAGAAGCAGCCAAAGAAGGAGCUAAUUAUCAAUGAGAUCCUGGUCAUGAAGGAGCUGAAGAACCCCAACAUUGUCAACUUCCUAGAUAGCUUCCUUGUUGGAGAAGAGCUUUUCGUGGUAAUGGAAUACCUGGCUGGCGGGUCGCUAACUGAUGUUGUAACAGAGACAUGCAUGGAUGAAGCUCAGAUUGCUGCCGUCUGCAGAGAGGUCCUUCAGGCUCUAGAGUUUCUUCAUGCCAACCAGGUCAUCCACAGAGACAUCAAGAGUGACAAUGUGCUUCUGGGGAUGGACGGAUCAGUUAAACUUACUGACUUCGGUUUCUGUGCUCAGAUCACUCCAGAGCAGAGCAAACGCAGCACCAUGGUGGGUACUCCUUACUGGAUGGCUCCAGAGGUGGUGACCAGGAAAGCCUACGGACCCAAAGUGGACAUUUGGUCUCUGGGGAUUAUGGCCAUAGAGAUGGUGGAGGGAGAGCCUCCAUAUCUGAAUGAAAACCCUCUCAGGGCGUUGUAUUUAAUUGCCACCAAUGGGACUCCUGAGCUGCAGAACCCAGAGAAACUGUCUCCUGUCUUCAAAUCCUUCCUUAACCUCUGUCUGGAGAUGGAUGUGGAGAAACGCGGAUCAGGCAGACAACUGCUGCAGCAUCCAUUCCUGAAGCUGGCGAAGCCUCUAUCCAGCCUGACCCCGCUCAUCCUGGCGGCCAAGGAAGCCAUCAAGAGCAACCGCUAAAUCCUGGUCUGUAAAGACUCCAAGAGUGAACGCCAGUGAAAGCCAAACCAGCCAGCAUCUCCUGCUGGUCCAAAGGCGACUAUUCACAGCCUGUUAGUGUUAAUGUUUUUUCUAAAGGGCAUAAAAUGCUGCUCCACUCUUCCCGGUGUUUCCACACUGAUAUUUAUCUUACCUUUGUGCCUUGUUCCAAAGUUGCAUAUAGCCAUAAUAUUUUCACCAUGUGUUUUGUGUUUGUGUGUUUUUAUGUUGAAACUGGUAGCCUGUGCAUAAGCAAUGCAUUAUCACGGCAUUACCAUUGUUAAUUUAGACACCAAGGGCCAUAUUCAUAAAGAAUCUUAUCUUGCUACUUCUAAUAAGAGUCUAAAGAUACAGAACAGAUGACUUUUAUACUUAAUUAAUUCACCGUCUUUACAUUGAUUGGUUUAUGUGUGAGUGCUCUGUCAGCAAAGUGACACGUUUUAAUUAAGCUGGAAAGAAAUGCCAGGAGUUUAAAGUUUGAGCAGAAACAACUGUAAUUUUUUAGGUGUUUCAUGACACUGGUCUUGUUUAACAUUCUCUCCAGUGAUCCUGCCAUGUGGCCUUUGCAGCUGGUUUCUGUGGUUAUUUCUGCUGUAGUUACACAUGUAUAAAUUAUAGUGUACUAAACUGUGCUGUACUGUGGCAGAGGAUGGGACAAUGCAGUCUUUAUGCAGCAGAAAAGCAAGGCCAGUGUACUGUACCUCAGUGAAAAUCUAACCAUUCCAAUAAAAAGUCAGAUCUUUGUUAUAUAUUUUUUGUUUGUAGUCUGUUUUUGAGCAUAAAAUUUGUAAUUAUUUUAAAUUGAAAGCUAAAAUGUCCAGUUUUGGCCCUCUGGUGGCAGCUGGGGGGUGUUGCAGGCAGCAAACCACACAUUUAUGCAAUUCAUACAUCUAUGCCAUGAAAACAUCUGUGCUGUUUCUCCUAUUGACUCUGGAUCUCAACAUUUGUUACUGCAGGAACAAUGCCUUUUUAGCUUACUGUCUUAACCACCCUUUUCUCAGUGGUGUUUCCCUGUUUGUCUCUGACUUUUCUAAUGGAUGCCUUAUUGUUUUUAAGUUGGUAUCAGUCCAACAUAAAUACUGUAUGCAGUUGUUUGAAUAUGUUAAACUGGAGGAUUUGUUUUGACAUGUUUUGUAUAUUAUGUAAUGUCCUGUAUUUUGAACAGCUUUUAGUAUGUACACCAUUGUUUUAUACUUGUAACUAACAUGAUAGAAGAGCAUUUCAAAGGUUGUUUUUUCCUCCAAAUUGUUUUCGUGUUUACCAACUUGUCAUUGGUUUCCUGAACUGUGCAAUUAUGAACUCAAAAAUCAUGUAAUGUAUUGAUGACCCUGAGAUGCUCAGACUUGGGUUAAGCAGUAUUUGGAAAUGAGUGUUUUGUUUUAGCCUGAUUGGAGUAACAGAUGAGAUUGGCUCGUACCUCGUUUAUCAGAAAGUUUAGACAAUCACUGGAAACAUUGAAAAUGUGCUUUUAGCAGAUGCUUGAUGUAACAAGUUGACAAAUCCCGAGGACGCCGUACUGUACUCCAUUAUGUCUUUUUGUCACAGAACAAUUUCUGGUAUUGAAUAAAAUUCAUGUAAAUUAUAAUUAAAGU